AUGUCGCGGACUCAAGCGGGGGGCGUUAUUAAGAGCAUCGUUCGUGAGAUCGCCCAGGAAUGUGCAAUGAGGGGGCAUGCCGUAUCGGAGACGCUGGCGGCGUUCAUGGUAAAAGCCGUCGUACUGGACCCAAAGUAUGAAUUUAACGUCGAUCGGACCCUGACCAAACAUGACGUCGGAAGAAUUGUUGAGCUGUGUGUGGAAAAGCUUAUGGAAGAAUGUAGCCCAGCUCUUGAGACGAUCAAGAUGCAAGUCUAUUUUGAUAUGAAUUACACAUCUAGGGGUGAGUUCAUCAAGGAGCACCACUGGGUGCUUCUUUCCAAGCUGAGCCUGGUGUGUCAAGAGAUCACUGACAGCAGGGUGAAAACACAGGAGGAGCUGGAGGGCCUUUACCGCAAGAUCGUUGGCUACAUUCUACUGCGCUCGGGGGUGGGCUCACCCACUGAUACCAACACAGUGAGAGAGGCCACAGCUGCUUUACAAAGCGUCUUCCCUCAGCCCAAACUGCAAGCCUUCAUGUCACUUAUGAAGCGGGACAAGGAGCAGCAACUAAGCGAGCUGACCACGAUUGUCACAGGCAUCCGCCUCUUCAACAAGUACAGCGAGAAGGGCGGAGAGGGCAUUGAUGACCUGCCACUGAUCCUGAAUGACGCUCUUCUGGCCACGAGUAAAUCGAUGGGGGAGGAACUGAAUCUGAUGCAGAGAUUGGUGUGGAAGUACACAGCGAGUCUGGAGAAGCUGGUGAACUCUGAGAAACAGGCUGGGGAAUGCAGCCUUUCUCCAGUCAUGCUUAAACAGGCACUCUACAAUGUUAGACAGCAUGAAGCCUUCCUCAAAAUCAUAAUGGCCGAUGUAAGUUUAUGUGCCACGCAAGCUGAAUUCCUGGGGUCUGAACUGAAUACGCACAUGAAUCUCCUGAGGGAAACGGUUCACUGUAAGACGGCCGUACCCACUGCACAGGUUUUUCCACUCUUCACAGCACUGGCAAAGCUAUGGUCUGGAUUCCAGGAUGAGCUGGCGCUGCUGAAAAUUCUGGCCAACGUAGUGGAGAAUCUGCGGCCUUUCCUUGCGGCUCAAUCACAGAUUUUCCCCGAGGCUCAGCUGGAGAAGCUGCUGGAGGGGUCAGAGGUCAAGAGUGAUGAGCAGAGAAUGGCCGAGUCCUCAGCUGGAGAUGAUCGCAUUGAUCCCUUUGUGAUGAAGACACAGGAUUGGGUCCUGCCUGAAACAACAGUCAACUUUGACAAACUGCCACUGCAGUAUGAGGGAAUCUGUGGUUAUACACUUGUAGAGAAGGACGGCCUGUUGCUUCCAGGUAACCCGAGCAUAGGAGUGCUGAAACACAAGGAGAAGUUCUACGCCUUCAAUUCCAAAGAUGCUGCCCAGAAAUUUGCCUCCUGUGCCGAUGAGUUCAUCGAGCGUGUGGCAGAGACAGCCAGGCGCUCCCCCGAGCUGAUUCAGCUUCUGCAACUUCACCAGCAGUUCGCUUGCAUCACACCUUACUCUGAGAUGCAGUCGGGGGAGAGGUUUCUGGUAAAGGCCAUUACCAAGUGUGACAGCUGCACGCAGACCGACACCCAUCCUGUGGAGAAAAACAUCGUCAAGUCCUACGAGUGGAACGAAUGGGAGCUCAGACGCAAGGCGAUCAAACUGGCCAAUCUUCGAACGAGAGUGACACACUCGAUGCAGACUAAGCUGAGCCACCUGAGGCGGGACAACGCGACUCAGACGUACCUCCCUAAAGACGCCGCCUGUCAGAGCAAGAGAGACACCCCGACAAACACACCCAAGCCUCAGGUGUACCUGGCAGGUCUGCGGGGAGAUAAGACAGCACACAUGGUAAAAACAGAGCUGACCAGGCCUAUCGAUGAAUAA